CAGUAACAAACCGGCCGUGGCGUUGUUUAAGUGAACCCCAUCUUCUUCCUUUUCUUCUUCAUCUUCAUCUUUAUUAUUAACGUCAUAUUCUUCCUUAUAUUUUUUUUAAAUACGUGGAAGGAAAGAUGCCUGAGAUCACAUUGUACUCGACUAUCUUAAGUCCACCCUGUCGUGCAGUGCUUAUGGUGGGGGCAGCCGUUGGCAUUGAUUUUGAUGUUAAAGAAAUCAAUUUACACAACGACGAUCAUCGCAAAGAAGAUUUUGUUAAGUUAAAUCCUCAGCACACGAUUCCAACCAUACAGGAUAAUGAUUUCGUAUUAUGGGAUAGUCACGCUAUCGCUACUUAUUUGGUGGAUAAAUAUGGCGUGAACGAUUCACUUUAUCCGAAAUCCUUCCAAUUGAGAUCAACAGUAUGCCAACGUUUAAUUUUCGAUGCUUCUGUCCUUUUCGCUUCUCUUAAAAGAAUUGUCAAACCCAUAUUACUUGGAACGGAGACAAAAGUUCCAAAUGAAUUGUUAGAGGAAGCCAAGGAAGGUCUUGAAAUUUUCGAUAAGCUUUUGGAAGGUAAACAAUGGUUGGUCGGAGAUUCUUAUACGAUUGCUGAUAUCUGCUGCGUCAGCACGGUUUCAUCAAUGACCGUUCUCUUGCAAUUGAACGAAUAUCCGAACGUUCUAGCAUGGUUGAAACGUUGCGAGAAACAUUUACCGGGUUACGAGAAAUACAACGAAACAGGGAACAAGAUGCUUCACGAAAUGUUCCAACAGAAAAUUGCGAACGAAUGAUUCUUUAACGAAUUAUCCUAUGAUCGAUUGGAAAAACUUUAUUUCUCACACAUAUAUAUAUAUUUCUUAAUCGAUUUUUAUUAUUAUUAUUUUUUUUUCAUUUGCAUGUAAUUAACUUACGUUAAUCUGUUUUUUUAUAAUUAAAAACUUCGAUCCAGUUCGUUAUAACCGGAGUCGUUAGAUUUUGUUAUACAAGUUUCUAAAUGCUUUGUAAAAAAAAGAACCGAUAAUUGAAUGAAAAGUUGGGAAAAUGUUGUUUA